AUGUGGCCCGAGUUCUGCAGAGCCGCGCAGGGUGGCCCACCCGAGCUCUCACGCCCACGACUGCUCCACGGAGAGAACACGGCCUUGAGCCCCGGCGGCCCCAUCUCGGCCCAGCGGCUGCGGGGCUGCGGGCGGCCGGAGCCUCUGACAGCCACGUGGGGAGGGUGUCCACCUUCGCCGCGAGACGCCAGCCGCCUUUCCAGGCCCUCACUCGCCGCGAUGACGGCCCAGAGUGGGGUCCCACACAUGUCAGCACAGGCGGUGCCCUCGCCGGGGUCUGGGAUGCCCCCCAUCCACUCAGGCCCUCCCUCUCUCUGUGAAUGCAAGCUCGCCUUUCAGACGCCAUGGCCAGGAUCAUACUACAUGCCGCCCAGCACUCCGCAGGGACUUCAGCCGUGGGGCAGGCCAGCGUCUCGUGAGCACCAGUGGGCUCAGAAUGAAAGAUGUGGAGGGGACAGGCUGGUCAUCUUCGCCUUCAGACGCUGA